AUGUGUGUUUGUCUUGUCCAUGCAGAUUACCUGCACUUCUUCAACGAGUCCAAGAGCUGGAUCAAUUCCCUGAAGUUCUGUAAAAGUCGUGGCUCCAAGUCUAAUCUGGUGCAAAUCACCAACCAGACUGUGCAUGCUGACGUGACCCAGCUCAUUGCCAAUGUGGAGCUGGCAUGUGGGGGGGUGUGGAUUGGUCUGGAGCGGUCCAUCUUUGAGUGGAGCGCCCCCUGGCUGUGGACCAGUGGUGAUGUUGAUAAGGUGGUGAAGUACAGCGAGUGGCACAGCUGCUUCCCCCUCAACCCCAUCAAUUACCAUUGUGGUAAGAUGGUCCGGGUUGGUAACGGAGAACUGAAGUGGCUGGAUGCUUCCUGUCAUCAGGAAUUACCCUUCAUAUGUCAAGAUCUCCACUAG